AUGCCUCACACGAUGGAGCCUUCUGUAUUUCAUGCGGCUGAUUUUCCUCCCUUGCGCUCGUGUAGUGCUUCGCCUAUGGAUCCUCGCUCAGUACGUGAGGAGGUGGUGGUGUGUGCGGCGCUGCCCUCGCAGCCUACCCCUUCGCCUCCGAAGGAUUCUUCACCUGUGCUCGCUCCUGCUCCUCUGCCCAUUCUGCUAUCAUCGAGGGAUCCCUCCCCUAUGCGGGCCCCUUCCUUGUCAUCAGUUGCGCCUGUUGUCUCUCCGACUCCGGUCUCCCCAGUGGAUAGAGGCCUUAUCCCCCAUGUUGUUGAGGAUGCCUUUCUGCGCAGUAGUGCGCUCCCGGAUGUGGGGCGGCUUGCCGCUGGCUCUUCUCGGGUGCCUCCUGUGGGGGGCGAUAGUUCUGAUGACCUCAGACCUGUUCCGAAGCGUUCCCGGACGGACCGGGUUGUGUCGCCCCCUCGUGCGUGGGCGGAUGAGUGUGCAGACAUGGAUGAGGAUGCAGUGGCGGGCUCCGAGUUGCCUCCUGUGUCAAGACCUUCACCUUCUGCUGUUGGCUCCCCUCCGUGGGAGGCUGUCCCUGGUGCCCGAGACCUAGUCGUGAUAUUGAAGAAGGAUGGGCACCGGGGGCCCCCGGCUCCGUGUUCCUGGGAGAGGGGGCCCCGGUGCGUCUGCUGA